AUGGAAGACAAGCCGGAUGACCUUUUACAGGCAAUAUCGGAGUAUGAUCGUGGCGAAACUAGGAAGAUGGACUUUUUCAUUAAUAGACUAACGCUGGCUGACGAGUCCUCCAUUGAUGUCGAAACAUUCAUGGAUGACUGCCUUCGUCAUAGUGAUCAAUUUUCUGAGAGUCUCGCGAACAUCAUAUGCAACAUUCUUUAUCAUUCUAAACCGUGGUACUCUUUUAAUCCCACAACUUCUAACAAAUGUCUUCUGUUCCUUGUCAAUAUAGCUACCCGCCUCGAUGGCUUUGCGCAGCAUUUGCUCUCUCACCUUUGUAACGUUAUCUGCUCUCCCCUCUCCUAUCUAUCUUCAGACAAUAGUGCUGAUAUCGUGGAAUUAAGCAUCAUUGCCCUACGUGAAUUCUUCGCUUCUAUGCCACAAUUCGAAGGCCUCUUCAUCGAUUGUCUGUGCCGGAAGAUUUCAGGCUGGGGUAGACCUGCACCUCAGUUAUUCACCGCCCUGGCAAACGUUCUUAAACUGUGUUAUGGCUCAUCGCGGUUAUUCUCCGAUACCUCUAUCCAACAAUUGCUUUGUGUCUGCUUCAAUCUCUUGUCUGAUAUUGAAACUAACACAGAACCCAUAGCCUUAUUUUCUUCUGAUAUAGAGUCACUCUUUUCUAAACUGAGCGAUCCAUUUAAUCCCGAUGAACUUGAGGAAAACAAAAGGGUAAUUUCGAACUCUCUUACUGAUAAGUUCCCUUCUUUGGCUCCAGUGUUCUGGUUGCUAGCUGUGAGUUUGUUGAAAAUAUUCCCAAAAAAGAAAGAGCCAGCACUGGAUAAGGCUGCGAAAAAACAGGAAUGGGUUCAAAUGUGUGCUGUGUUUCAGAGUCUUCGCACUCGUUUUCUUCAGUUUGUUCUACCUAUCCAAGCAGACUUUGUGGCUUAUCCUCUACUGCUCAUCUUCAUGUCAGGUCUCCGAGCAGGCCUGGUUGUUAAUCUGGUGGAGAAGUUGUGGAAAUUUGUCAAUGAUACAAGACAGCCGGUUGAGGUGCGGACUCGAUGUAUGCGGCAUCUGGCCGACUACUUAGCGCUAUCUCGUCAUUGUACCACAGAGGUUGUUAUCGAACAACUGCACGAUUUGGCUGCAUGGUGCGUAGAGUAUACUUACUUUAGGAGAGGCCGGUUAUCAUCACAUCUCAAGGUGAUGCUUCAAGAGCACACACUAUUUUAUACGGUGUUUGAGUCGAUUGUCUACAUCCUCACCUACCGACAAGCAGAGCUCAUUGGGACGCCCAGCGGGAGACAUGCUUGCGCAGAUUUACCCUUAGUUCAACUGAUAAACUCCCCUUUCAAACCCCUGAACGCCUUGGAACCGUCGCUGAGGUCGCAUUUUCAAGCCCUUUCUUUCGCUUACAAAAUGAGUUGGAUCGCUACAAUGAGACCUGAAUGCCCAGCCGAGAUGGACUCUCCCCCGAAACCCUCGUUCGCUUGUCCCCUAUCCAACGCUAUCGCCUCCCUAGCCUUUGCAUCUCGUAUGGAUCUGCUUAAUGAUUUUGUCCCAGCAAAACGGACUUUUAAAAGGCCUCACGAAAAUGGUGAUGCACACUCGUGCUCUUCCGCCCCCCCCAAUGGUGAACAGAGCGAAGAUCAACCGACUUCUAAGAGGAAAACACCUUCAGAAUCGCGACAUUUCAAUUUUAAUGCUCUCUUAGAUUUAACUUGA